CGUCACAUGUUAUCUGAGUUGUGCCACAGUACUGAGCGCUCAUCAUUAUAUUUACAUCAAUAAAAUAAUAGCCGCGAAUCCUUCAGUGCAUCGCCGGACGUCGACCACGCACUACGUGCGCACGCUCAUAAAAUUCAAAUAUUGAAUCGCGGUUUAAAAAUUUAAAAUUCGAACUCGGAAUCGCAGUUCCUAAUUUGAAAUUUUGUGCCAGUGUUGUAUAUUUUUUAAACAAUGGCGGACGGUGAUGUGCCUUUAGUUACCAGUUUUGGCGGUAGUGAAAUUGAAUUCGGCGCGAAUGGAACGAAAGUCAGCAGAACUAAUUCGAGGAUGUCGACCCUGCUUUUGCAGGGACGUGGCAAAGCAAACGCCCCCAAUGGCCGCAACUGGCUCCACGCGCCCGAUGCCCUCGUCAAAGGACAUGUCGCCUAUCUAGUUAAGUUCCUCGGCUGUACGCAAGUCGACCAACCCAAAGGAAUAGAAGUAGUCAAGGACGCAAUAAAAAAACUACAGUUCACUCAGCAACUAAAGAAGUCGGAAGCGAAAGACGGUGCCAAGUCCAAGAAAGUAGAGAUCACCAUAUCAGUCGAUGGAGUUGCUAUACAGGAGCCACGGUCAAACAACAUAAUGUACCAGUUCCCUCUCCAUCGGAUAUCGUACUGCGCGGACGACAAGGGCGCCAAGAAGUACUUCUCGUUCAUAGCUAAAGGUGGCAGCACUGUCAACGGGGUUAAUGGCCACGACGUGCCAGAGAGACAUGAGUGCUUUGUCUUCAUCUCCACUAAGCUAGCUUCCGAAAUAACGCUUACUAUUGGACAAGCAUUCGAUUUAGCUUACAGGAGGUUCCUUAACGACAACGGCAAGUACAUAGAGAUGCAGAAACUGUCGCUGCAGAACAAGAAACUCGAACUUCAAAUGAACACGUACAAAAAUCGUUUGCAGGAGCUAUCGAAGAUCACGUACAAGGACGACUUAUCGGCGUACCUGGCGCGCAACAGUAUUGCAGACAUCACCGAGUUCCGCCCUCCACACGAGCUGGAGAAGCAGAUCGCUUCCCUCACACUCGCCAACGGCUUCAGCGCUAUGAACGGGAACAAGACUCCUGAGUUGGGCGCAGACGCAUUGUCGAACAACUCGACAGACACGUUCAACUCGAGCAACGACAACAAUUUGCUGCUCUCCACGCCGCCGCCCACGCACAACGGGAAAUCAAACUUCGGUACUGGCAAGCUGAUCGGCGAUCUGCCGUCCAAUAAGAACCCCGUGGUCGGCCCCAGACUUGAAGAGCUGUUGCUUAACUCCGAUUCGGACAGUGACUUCGACCCCCGCGCCCACGAGUCGGGCCCGGCGUCGCCCGCGUGCCCCGCCGCGCCCGCGCCCGCCACCCCCGCGCGGAACCCGCAGCUCAUCGAUGCGCACGCGCACACGCCGCCGCUACUGGCGCCUCCACCAAAAGCCUCGAAGCGCCAGACGCCUCCGCAGCCAAUCCAAUCACCACAGACGAUCAACGGGAACGACUUAUUCGGAUCCACUCCUUUCUCCACUCCAACUACAGUCCAACCCGCUCAACCUUUCGCGCAAAACAAACCCAACUACGACAUUAGUGACUUCAACCUGCAGACCUCCGUGUUUAACAAUACCACGUCAUUCACCAACGGCCUGAGCGGUUACGACCCCUUCGACACCCAGAAGAGUGGCAACAUCUUUGGCAAUGGGUUUGGAACUUUCAACGGGUUUGGAAACUUGAGCGAGAAGCAAACUGUUGAACUGAACAGCAGCUUCAACGGGUUUUUAGAUAAAACUAUCUCGGAGAUGAAGGACGGCUUCAGUCGAGGCAUCACUUUUGGAAACGACGAUUUCUCAAUAGACAAUCUCGAUCCGCUGAAGAAAAAUUAAACUCAUUCCCAUUCCAUGAAAAAACAAUCAAAUAGAUGAAAAUUAUAGUUAAUACAAACCUUUUGUAUCACACAACAUAAAUACUAUUGGAACUCAUGCUUAGAAAUAUCAAGUAUUUUGUAUCAUUCGAGAGAAAACGAUAAUGCCAACUUAAUCUUAGUUUUAAAUUUAUUAUAUUUCGCAAGGUCUUUGAAAUAUUAUUAUCAACAUAAAUUUUUUUAAAUUUGAAAGUAGCUCUUCCAGAUAGACCCGUAUAAGGACUUUUUGUUUGGUGUAGCACAGCAACACAGUGCUUGUUGCCAUAUUAAAAAAACACUAUUAGUUUGAGUCGGACCUAGAAUUAAAUUGAUAUGGGGGCUAACAUAUAAAAUAUACAUGUUUUUUUGCAUAUAGAAAAAUGGUUUACAUUAUUUUUAUUUUUGUGUUCAAAAUGAAUUGUAGGUCUUUUGUACUUCCAUGGAACGUGCCUCUAAUUUUUUUAUGAGUUUCACUGAGUUCCGUAUCGAUCUUAAUUCGUUAUUCGUUGUGUGAUCAAAUAGAUUCGAUACUACAGGUGUUGCCAUGUUAUUGGUUACAAAAUUGAUGAGUUCGUGAUAGUAGAAUUUAUUAGAACGUAUUUUUAUAUUAAACACUUUUGUAAUCUCCACUAAGCAUCUCGGAGGUUAUGCCAGUAACGUGACAAUUCGUCGGCUGAGUUAUUACAUUUUCUGAGCUGGUAACAUUAGGAAAAUAUAUUUAUUAGGUACUAAGUGGAGUUAUGAGUAUUUUUAUAAAGAGGACGAUUUACGAGUCAAAUAAAAUAAUAAAAAAAUAUUUAAGUAUGAAAUUGGUUUAUUGAAAAAUAAAGUAAGAUUAGUGAUUUUUUUUCGUCGUUCAAAGAUAUCUUUUCGUCGUGUAAAGGUCGAAGAAUAUUUCCAAAUGGCAUAACUCAGUUGACUUUUUAUGAAAUGUUCAACAUUGAAUGUAAUGCGCUCAAUGUCAUUCCAAAAGUGCCUUAAACACUGAGACAAUACGAUCAGAAAUCAUAAACAUUUUCAAUCAUUCAUUUCACCAAUAGAUUUUUAAGACAAAAAAUGUAUUUUGGUAGAAAUAAUUCCAAAUUUUAUACGCGGGGACCAAAUUUUGUUUAUGUAAAUUAUCGAAAAUAUAUUUGGAGUUUACCUCAAAGUAUUCUGUGAUAAUUCUUUUCAAAUUGAGGUACUUCAAAUUUUGUAAAAAAAGUUUGAAAAAUCGACUGAGCGGAAUGACGUGUGUAUAUAAUUUUCGUCGAUAAAAAAAUGUAACACUUAUUAGUGUUGUUCAAUCGAUUAUUUUUAACAUCGAUAUGAAUAUCGAUGACAAAUUUCGACAUCUAUUUGUUGAAGUCAUUUGAUACAAUUUUUAUUUAGUAGAACAGACAUUACAUGUCAACAUUCCAGGAACAUGUUUUUAAUAUUUUAAUGUAGCAACACUAUGGACAUCGGAUAGCGUGAGACCAACACUGUGAAGUUAAAUACAUUAUGCAAAUGUAUUUAUCUUCGUGGAAAAAAUAUUUUUCCUUCUUUAGCAUAAAGCUACAUCCUACUGGCUUUUAAUAGCAAUAUUUUUCCACGUCAUGUAAAAUACUUAGUUUAAAAAUGUUUACAUAAAACUUUUUUUUAAUACUAAAUGUGUGUUCGUAACGUUCCUAAUAAAUACGCAAAAAUAUAAUCUUUUUUUUUACCAUUAAAUAUUUUAACCAGAUUCUAUAGGUCGAAUAUUUUCAUUACCGAUAAUAGACGGCAUUUUAAUCACACUUCAAGUGCCUUCCCAUUUUAUUCUGCAGCAUGUCGGUUGGUUUCCAUACUAUCCGAUGUCCGAAUAUUAUAAUUAUAAUAAUUAAUAUUUUAGUUGUUUAUAGUGGGCGUAAACUGUUGUAUCGCAUGUCUCUUUAGUGGAAUAUUUGUUAAGUAUUGUGUACACUAAUGUUACUCUAAGGCCAAAAGAUAUACAUAAUUGUGUAUUUUCAAUAAUAAAUUUAUGUUUAUUA